AUGCUCAACUGUUGGAAUGUUCCUGUUCUCGAUUCCGGCAAGAAACCACCGGAGUUUGCCGCUGGCGAACCUCCCCCCUCCCCUUUUCCACCCGAUCCGCCUGACCCCUCUUCCCCUCUCUCCCCUGUAAACUUUCCUCCCUUAUCUUCUCAGCCAUCAACUGCUCCUAAGCGUUCUCAACGUAAAGGUCAUGUCUCCUCUCCUGCCUCAGCUGUAAAUCCUACUCUGAGUGCUUCAACUACCAUGAAAGAGUCUGGUUUUGUCUCUUUCAAUGGAUCUGUAGACCCUCUAAUGUCUGCAAAAACUGGUUUUCCCCAAAGAUCUGCAACCUUACCUGAAACCCUAACUGAAACAGUAAAACCCUCCCCUGUUCAUGUACCCUCUACUGCCUCCCUUAUUCAUACUGAUAUCCAAACUAGCCCAAAUACUGACCCACCAUUCACUACUCUACCACCAAAACACACCUCCCCUAUCUCCACAAAUCAAGCCUCCUCCUCCUCUCCUGCAAUUCUCCAAACUCCUUCCCUUCCCCCCUCUAGGCCCUUUCAGGUGCCUCAGCGUAGUGCUGCUCCUUCCCUGGUAGAGAAACUUAGAGCUGCAGAAGAUAAGUCACUUAAGAGGCUUGCACCUGUCUCUUUUUCUCCAACAGGUCGACCUCGGGUGAUUAUCCCUGAUUCUGUAUUUGAAAAAGGAGCUGAACUCCACAAAGAUUUUAUCAUUUGUUAUUAUAAUGGUAAAACUCCACCUUUUAACCAAAUACAGAGUGUCUUCAACCACCUGUGGGGCAAAGGAAAAAGGCUUGAGAUUCACAAUAACCCACUCAACCGAACUACCAUAGUCAGGAUCCAAAGCGAGUACCUGAGGCAAAAGAUUCUUGAGAAAUGUGUUUGGUAUGUGGGUGACACCAUGUUUCAUACUGCUCAAUGGUCAUCAGUUCAAUCUCUCACUGCUCCUCCAAUUAAAGCCAUAAGGAUAUGGGCGCACCUAACAGGCGUACCCCUCGAUCUCAGGCAUCUAGAAGGUCUGAGUUGGGUCGCUGGACUUGUUGGUGAUCCAAAAGAAACCGAUGACUUCACCAAAAACAUGGUCAGCUUAACACUCUCCCAUGUGAAGGUGGAAGUUGAUCUAACUCAACCCCUGCCAUCUGUAGUGGAAGUUGCAGUGAAUUAUCCCUGGGUGCCUCCCACCUGUGCGCAUUGCAAAGAGCUGGGCCAUAUUAUGAAGAAUUGCCUCCAUUACUCUCCACCUGAAAAAGAGACUGCUAAAGAAUCAGGCCCUGGCACUAACUCUGCAAUACCAAAAUCUGCGAAGAACAAAAAUGCCAAGAUUUACCAACCUGUCAAUAAACCUGUGGUUCGAUGUGACUCCCAACCUUCUGUGGCUGAGCAAGUGGGCCUCUCUGGUCCCCCCACUGCUCCUCUGCCUUCCUUUUCCCCUCCUCCUACUGCCACUCCUGCUCAUAACCCUCCCCCUGUUACCCCUUUUCCUAUGGAGGUCUCUUUCUCGUCCCCUGACCCUACUCCUCGACCCUCCCUUAAGCGUUCUAGAUCCUCCCCUACCCUAUCCUCCCCUCCUCCCUCUUCCUCUAACCCAAACCCCUUUCUCAAUCAUGUACCAAGCAGGUCCUACUACUCAAACCACUCCUCUGAUCCUGAUGGGCACAUCAUUCUUAUCUGGAAAGACCCUAUUAAAGUCAGUAUACUCUCCCAAUCCCGGCAGUGUAUAAACUGUAUGCUGUCAAUCCCUAACAAACCUCCUGUCGUCUACUCUGCAAUAUAUGCCUCAAAUCUGGCCGAGGAGAGAGCAGAGCUGUGGGUCGAAUUACUCAAUACUGCUGAGGCCUAUAAUUUGGAUACAAGCUGCUGGCUCGUUGGGGGAGAUUUUAACCAAACGCUUUUCCCAUCAGAGCACUCAACUAAUAGUGGAAUGGGGCCAGACAGCCUCAUGUACCAGUUUCAGGACUGCCUACUUCAAGCUGGCUUGUUUGACCUCCGCUACAUUGGUCCCUCUCACACAUGGUCAAACAAAUGCCCAACAGCUCCCAUUGCAAAAAAACUCGACAGGCAGCUUGUAAACAGCACCAUUAUAUCAACUUUCCCGAAUGCAACAGCCACUUUCCUCCCUCCCCUGUUCUCUGACCACUCUCCUUGCGUCCUUGACCUAGCUUACACCCUCCCCUCAGCUGGAACCAAGCCUUUCAAAUUCCCUAACUACCUAACCCGCCAUCCCCAUUUCCUCCAGCUUGUGCAAAGCUCCUGGUUUCAAACCGGAAUCGAGAAUCAUACAUUAACUCAGUUUUGCUGGAAACUGAAGUUGAUAAAGAGAGAACUCAAACACUUAAACAGAGAGAAUUUUUCAAACAUUCAAGAGAGAGUGAGCGAAGCUAACCGUUUGUUGCAAUACCCAAUGGAGAUGAGCAUCCAUGCUGUCUCACAUUUUGGCGCAAUGCUAGCACCCUUGUCGAACUCCCCCUCAUCAGCCUACUCGACUCCGGCUUGGUUUGCUGAACUGACUGGUUUCAAUGUGCCUCAAUACCAAUCCCAACUGAUGAUUGCGACGCCUUCUUCUGAGGAGAUAAAGACCUUAUUUUUCAAGCUUAAUCCCAAUAAAGCUCCGGGGCCUGAUGGACUAACCUCGGGGUUCUUCAAAGGAGCUUGGUCAAUCAUUGGUGAUGAGACUAUUACUUCUGUCAAGCAAUUUUUCUCUUCAUGCUUUCUCCCGGCCUCUGCGAACGCAACAAUCCUAACCCUGGUGCCGAAGUUCCCUGGAGCAACAAAAAUCUCAAAUUUUAGGCCGGUCUCUUGUCUCAACACAGUUUAUAAAGUUAUUUCUAGAUUGUUGGUAAAGAGACUAAAGCCUAUUCUGCCUCAGCUUAUUCUACCUAGUCAAACCGCUUUCGUCAAAGACAGGCUGCUCCUAGAAAAUACCACUCUUGCGGGUGAGCUUAUAAAUGGGUAUCAUAGGAACAAAGGGACUAAAAAGAUUACCAUCAAAGUUGACAUUGCAAAGGCAUUGGAUACUAUUUCAUGGGUUUUCUUGUUCUCCUGUCUUCAUGGUCUAGGUGUUCCCUCGCUUUUUCUGGCCUGGUUACGUGCCUGCAUAUGUACAACGAGCUUCAUGGUGGGUUAUAAUGGUACAGUAAACGGGUUUUUCAAAGGAAGGAGAGGGUUGAGGCAAGGAGACCCGUUGUCACCUUACCUGUUUGUCAUUGCAAUGAAUUGCCUUUCGCACAUGCUUAACAGGGCAGCAGCGGAGCAGAGGGUUAAGUUCCAUGCGAAAUGUGAGAAAGUAAAGCUCACACACCUGUCCUUCACGGAUGACCUCUUGAUCUUCAUAGAUGGGUCCCUUCAUUCUGUCCAACAAGUGCUCCAAGUCCUGCGGGAAUUUGAAAACAAAUCAGGGUUAGCAGUGAGUUUACAAAAGACAUCGUUUUUUGCCUCAGGAGUGGAACAACCAGAAAUAGAGAUGAUCCAAGCUUCAACUGGAAUGGCGUGUGGCUCCCUCCCCUUUAGGUAUCUCGGAGUUCCUCUUAAUUCCCGGAAACUGUCUCUGGCGGGCUGUGAGACACUACUACAACAAGUGAAAGCGAAGUUUAACUUCUGGUCGGUUAAAUCUUUAUCUUUCUCAGGACGUCUACUGCUGUUAAAAACGGUUAUAUCAGGGAUUACCACAUUCUGGUGUUCUUCUUUUAUCCUACCUAAAGCGUGCAUAAAUAAAAUCAAUUCCCUAUGUAGUACCUUCCUAUGGACAGGUGAUGCAGAUUCGAGAAAUUCGGCUAGAGUGGCUUGGGAUAGGGUUACUUUAACUAAGGAGCAAGGAGGUCUAGGGGUGAAAGAUCUACUUACAUGGAACAAGUCAUGUUGCAUGCGACUAAUCUGGAUGAUCUUUUUUAGACCUGACUCAGUAUGGGUCUCCUGGUUUAAAGAAGUAAUUCUAAAAGGAUCAGUUCACAACUACUGGUCUACAAAGCCAAGUAACUCUUACUCGUGGCUGGUUAACAAACUGUUGAAGAUGAAAAGUGUGGUUUACCCUUUCAUUAGACUGCAACUUCAGAAUGGUGAAACGGCAAGAUUCUGGUUUGAUAAUUGGAGUCCGUUUGGUUGCCUCUAUGACUAUCUUGAUGCUUCAACAUCACGAUUUGGGAUACCUUUACACGCAACGGUGGCCUCACUCUUCAGGAGAGGUGCUUGGCGUCUUCCACCUGCAAGGUCAGACCGGUUAUUACAGCUGCUAUCAUUCAUAACAACAAUCCACCUAACUACUGAUGCAGACAGCUAUUCAUGGGAAAUUGAUGGUAAACCUAUGUUGAGGUAUGAUACUGGAAAGGUGCAGUCUGGUCGUCAAAAAGCAUUCCGAGACACUCCUUUCACUCCUGGUUGGUUGUCUUUGACCGUAACCCGACCCGUGAUCGUCUCCUCUCUUGGGGUCUUCAGGUUAGCCAUCUCUGUAUUCUCUGUAAUGUCACCUCCGAAACCAGAAACCAUCUCUACAUGGAUUGCCCCUAUAGCUAAGAUCUUUGGUCUCGCUUGGCUACUAAGUGUCAGCUUCAACCUCUUCGCAACUGAAAUCGAAGAUCCUCCGAAGCUCUCUACCAAGCUCACCAGAGCUCUAUACCGCAAGUUGCAGCAGAGUCCCUGUACCUGGGUAGCCUACACCACUUCUCGAAUAGGUGCACCCAGAUUCCCAGAUACCUACAACGCCUCUUUCCAAGAUCCCAUUCCUGCUGAGAACCUUGAGAGUAAGUUCUUGUUCGAACCUUUUUAA